UUCUAUAAAGAAGCAGCUGGGCAGCAGAGGGGCUCUGAGCGCUAAAUGCUGAUGCCACAGAGAGCCUGGAGCUGCUCUUCCUCCCGUCUCCGAGGAUGAAGGCCGUCCUCACCUUCCUGUUACUCGUGGUCUCCGUCGCCCUGGCUGCUGGGGGUCCCAAUCCAGCCACUGAACUGACCCAGCCUAAGGAUCAGUAUGGGGAGCCUUGGCCACUCUACUGCUGUUUUGACUUCACGCACCGGGCCCUCCCUCUGAAAAUACUGAAAUCUUUUUAUUACACCAACAGUAACUGCAGCAAGCCGGGAGUCAUAUUUAUCACGAAACAAGAUAAAGAGAUCUGUGCUGAUCCGUCAGAAAAAUGGGUCCAGGAUCGCAUCCGUGACCUCAGCCCACCCUGACCACGCUCCACGCGAGAGAGAGAGCAAGACUCAACUUUUGGGGAAUGCCAAUAAUCAGUUUUGACAAAAGGUGAAACCAAAUUAAAAGGAGUACAUCGAA